AUGUCGUCAUCUUCUACUAUUCGGCUGGACUGGAUCGAACCAACACUGACAGACCUGCCGUCGGAUGCCAAGGAGAUCGCUACCUAUAACUGGCAUCCUUCUUCAACAACUGAGGUUCCUAGAAUCAUCGUGCCGGGCUUGCCGCCCUUCCUCAUAGACUCACAAGAGCCUCCUAAGCUCGAAUACGAUCAAGGGACGUUCUUCUGCGAUGAGAACCUGUAUCGCCAAAAAGAGUCUCCGACAGAGUCCCUGUUCCAAGCCGUGGCGGUCUGUACACCAGACUUUGACUGGCAGGCAGUAGACAUAGUCACCGACCGAAACAAUCUCCGAAAGCUGAUGCGAGCUCUCCAGCCGAAUUGGGACACCUUUGAUGACCAGUCCUUUCAAAUAGACCUUGACGUCGUCGGUAGGACUAUUGUCCUCACACGAGUUGGGCCAGCGGAGGCACAAGUUUUCGGUUGUGGUCACUCGUUUGAACGCCAAAUGACUACUGCCAGCACACUGGGGUCUUUCCGCCGAGUUGUUGCUCUCAACCUUGGCAGUGUGUCUCUCGUUGUGCGGUCGGAGAUCGAUGCCGUUGACGGUGGUGCCUGGCGGUCGGUGUCACGGAAAGCUGAAUGGUCGAGCCUUCCCGGAAGCCGCAUUGAAAUGAAGCGAGGAGGCGGGUUGAAGAAUGGCAGCGAAUGCCCCCAUUACUGGGAACUCAAAACGAAGUCGGUGAAGCGAAGGUUCGACUGGGCCGACGUCUACGGUCAACUCUGCCUUGGUGAUGUACACAAUUUGCUCAUCGCUCGUACGAAGUGGACUGAAGUGGCAUCAAUGGAAUCACUCAGUCGUGAUCAGGUUGGGGUCCGAGGUCGAUUCUUCGAUCUCUUUGGUCGCCUAGAAGCCUUAUUGAAGAGCAUCAUUGAGAGUGUGCGGCGGUCUAAAGAGGAACCCGGAGGACCCCAGUCCUACGUUGUUUCGUGGGAUGGAUGGUAUCCUGUAUUGAAAAUAAAACCACAACGAACAUCGAGGGUGAGCAAGGCAGCGAGAGCAUUGAUUGAAGACGUACAUUAG